UCAACUAAAGAAAGUCCAACGAUUGAAAGGGCUGACCGUCCAAUCCAAUCCGUACACUACACCCAACUUCAAGCCAGCCUAUACACCCCGGACGCACACAAAACCAAACCCAGCCAUGAAUGCAUCCUAGGACACACGCUACACGCCCCGGUGUCGACACGUUACGCCGCGAUGCCCACUCUCACGGGAUGGUGCGUGCGAUGUGUCGGACGGGCGAGAGGCGUGGCAUACAUCGUGCAUCAGAAUGCAUUCACUCUGCGUCUGUGUGUGGCUGUGUGGGUGUGGUUGUGUGCUCACUGUGUGUGGUGUGGUGGGUGUGCUGGGCAGUGAGGCGCAGCGAUACGUUGCGGCCUGCAGGUCGGCGGCCAGAUGAGGCGGAACAGGCUCAUCGGCGGCGACCAUCUCGCCAACCACCUGCAGGAAGAAUCGAGACCAGAGAAAAGAUGAGACAUACAAACAAAGAGUAUUUCGCACCGUCUGUCUGCCCAUCCAUUUGGCCCACUGACUGACCAGUUGUGCGAGUCUGAUCAGCUCUCCUCCGCGGCCACUGCGUGCGAUGCCCCAGUCGUAGCUCGACUCGUAGUGGUGGGUGAGGUCACGCGCCUCAUCGCCCCUGUCCGUAACGCACCGCUACAGACUGCAUGACGGAAGCACAUUCCACACGUAUCCGUGUCCACCUGGCACUGCAGUAUCCCAU